UGACCUUGGUGAAGGUUAAAUGUGUUGUUGCCUUCGGUGGUGGGAUUAACGAAGUAUUUUGUGCAAUUUGGCUGUUUGGCGCAUUUCUAAAGUAAACAAUCCGUGAAGAGUACUGAACAUCUUGGUUUUCAAUCGGUAAUUUCCAUUAAUGACCGUCUAUACGACAUCCGUUUCCGUGGAGUAAAUGCAUAAUCUGUGUGCAUUCCUUCCAGUUUGUGGCGCAGAUCCGUUCACCAUGUCUAAGAUCGGAAUUAACGGCUUUGGCCGCAUCGGCCGUCUGGUGAUGAGGGCCGCCAUCGAGAAGGGCGCCCAGAUCGUGGCUGUGAAUGAUCCCUUCAUCAACCUGGAGUACAUGGUCUACAUGUUUAAGUACGACUCCACACACGGCCGGUUCAAGGGCGAAGUCAAGAUCGACGGAGAGUACCUCGUAGUGAACGGAAUGCGCAUUGCUGUUUUCAAUGAGAUGAAGCCCAACGACAUCCCGUGGUCGAAGGCAGGCGCCGAAUACGUCGUGGAGUCGACUGGCGUGUUCACUACCACGGAGAAAGCCAGCGCCCAUUUUGACGGCGGUGCCAAGAAGGUGAUCAUCUCGGCACCGUCGGCCGACGCACCCAUGUUCGUGGUCGGCGUCAAUCUGGACGCCUACAAGCCGGACAUGAAGGUGGUCUCGAACGCCUCGUGCACCACCAACUGCCUGGCGCCGAUGGCCAAGGUCAUUCAUGACAACUUCACCAUCGUGGAGGGCCUGAUGACCACUGUGCACUCGACCACGGCCACUCAGAAGACCGUGGACGGACCCAGCGGCAAGAGCUGGCGUGAUGGCCGCGGCGCCGGCCAGAACAUCAUCCCGGCCGCCACCGGCGCCGCCAAGGCCGUCGGCAAGGUGAUCCCCGACCUGAACGGCAAGCUGACCGGAAUGGCCUUCCGCGUGCCCACACCCGACGUGUCGGUGGUGGACCUGACCUGCCGGCUGGGUCAGGAGGCCACCAUGGACGACAUCAAGGCUAAAGUCAAGGCGGCUGCCGAAGGCCCGCUCAAAGGCAUUCUGGGCUACACUGAGGAUGACGUGGUCUCCCAAGACUUCCUCAGCGACUCGCACUCCAGCACCUUUGACGCCAAGGCGUGCAUUCAGCUGAGUAGCACGUUCGUCAAGCUGAUCUCCUGGUACGACAACGAAUGGGGUUACUCCAAUCGUGUGGUGGACCUGAUCAAGUACAUGCAGACCAAGGACAAGUAAUCUCCGAGUAGCGCAUCGUCCCGCCCUAUCUCCCUGUUGAAGAAGAUUCCUGUAUUACCCUCGUCUGUGCUCUUCAGCAUUGGAUGUCAUUAGUAUUGUCGGUGCUAAUCGCCGAUUCAAGAUGGCAAUGUUCCAUGAACAAACAGGUGGCUUUUAAGGGGCGGCUGGCGAGCAAAGCGGUUGUGUUGUAGACAAAGGUUGUGUUAAAUUAACCGGUUUGUUAAUACAGAUGUUGGGUGGAC